GUCAACGGACCCCACCAGAACACUGCGCAUGCGCCGUGUUGACAGGGAAGUGUAGAGAUAUCGAUGCGCUUUUUUUCAGCUGACAUAGCUCAUACCAGGAGCUGGUGAUUUUUGGUCAUUGUUGUUCAUGUAAAAAAAAGGGGGAUUUAUUUCUGAGCAGAAUUACCCCAGUGGAGACACGAAAAGCAGUGAAAAUGCCCCGUAGAAAGGUAAGGCGAGUGUUUGCCGCAGAGAUACUGCAUAUCGGACCCAAAACAACAUCACGUCAUAGCUAAUGUUUGGCUCUGAAGUGGAAAGAAUUAAGAUUACGUGGAUGAACUAUCAACCUGAUAUGAGAUAUUGUGUAUUCCUUAAUGCUUUCUGAGGUAUUGGUUGUGUAGCGGAUGUAAAUGCUGAAAAUGUUGCUCCGGACUUAAGCAACUUAACAUUCUUUGCUAAGCGACAUGCUAACUGAUAUUAGUAAGUUGUGGUAAAUGUAAUCUUUUUAGUUUAAGUCUAGCUUUUUAGGUAGGGUAAGUGAAGAUAGCAUAAAACCUGUGCUCCGUGUUGUUUGUCGUGUUUACGUUCACAUUAGUGUGGCGGGGAGGUGUUGGCCACAGUAACGGCCGCUUUAACUGAUGAAAGAGAACAGGCUGUUCUUUGAGUGCGAGGGGAGAACGGAGCGUCCGCACCAAAACAACGCUCUGAUUGGACAGCGUCUGAUCACGGCUGCGCUUAUUGGUUGAUUCGUCGUCAAACCCGCCCAUUCCUCUGUUGUAAUUGGCGGUAGACGAAGGAGUAGCCCAGCCUCUUUAAGUUUCUCUUCAAAACGAAAUGCGCGUCUGUCGAGAAUAGUUGUAAAAUGACGGCCAAAAACACAUUUUUCAUACAGUAAAUGACCACUGCCUUAACAGUUAUGUUAUAAUUACUCACUGGAAUUCAUUUUACUGUGACUGCCCUUUUAUUUGUUGCUGGGGAUAACGUUCAAGAAUUUGUCUGUUUGUAUUCUAUUUAGGUGUUUAAUUCCCUGUUGCGAUGAGGUAGUUAAUUUUUUAGCUUUAUUUUUGUCUCAUGCUGGUAUUUAACAGUUAAGUAGUGAUUCGUAUACACAGAGUAUCAAUAUUGUUUCUUCAGUGGUCCUGUAUCAAUUAAAUGCAACAAGCAAACUAAGCAAAUAUCAACCAAAACAGAUGAAAUGACAGCAGCAGCAACAGUUUAUGACCCUUUUCCUGCUGAGUAUGGAACAGGCUCUUAUAUAUUCCAUACAAAUGCCAGGAACCCCCUUACCCCACCCCCACCCUGCUGGAUUUUGGUGUCUUGUGGUGUAGGAUGAACCCUCAUACGCCUUAGCAUAACCCCAUUCAUUCCGUGCGACAGGAAGCUAUACAGCCUACGUUUGCAUUAAAUUGGAAGGAAAGAUAAAUCUAUGUGGCGUUAAAUUUUUAGAUUUAUUCCAAUGAGGUGAUCGGCAUUCUUGACUCUUUUUUCCUUAACAUUGUGUCCACUCGUUUUUCUAACAUUUUUGUCCACACAACUGACGACAAAACUGGAAAUCCACGCGGAAGAUGCUCUCGGGGUUUGGCUGACUCAGAUUACUAAUACUAAUAGAUCCGUUUUGUACUCGUGGUCAUACCGAUUAGAGUUGUUUUGGUGUUAAAUGACUGAUCUAUCGUGACAAGACAAGAGGGGGUACAGUUUCGAAGGAAAUGUGGAGGGGGUGACGCUCCUCCCCCCAGUAUGGGAUCAUUGUUGAAUUAUCCGCUGGUAAAAACAAUUAUCACACAAACCUUAACUGCCACGUGAUUUUGUUGUUUUGAUGUGGUUUCGGUGACUGUCCAGAGUCAUCCCAAUUCGAUAUCUGCUAAGUGUUUUGGAUUUUUUUUUCAGAGAACCGCUGGCAGCAGCUCGGAUGGGACGGAGGACUCGGAUUUUUCCGCCGACCUCGAGCACACCGAAGCUUCCGAGAGUGCACACAGGCGCAGCAGCACGCGACUCACUCGUGCGUCACUGCGACUCAGCCGCAGCUCGCAAGGUAAGGGUUUAAUCUUUAAAAGAAUUUAGACAUGAAAAUAGUCUGAAAAUAGCGAGUUGUUCCGGAAAGACUUCUUUGGUUUACAUGACUGCAGCAUGUUGCCCUAUGACCCCUUUACCAAUUUAAGCAACUUGGAUUUAGAGAUGCACCGAUCCUUUUUUUUUCUGAUCCAAUCUGAUAUCGAUACUGUAUUGGCCGAUAUCCGAUAUCAUUCCAAUACUACUGUUGAAUGAAUGAACUGUAUACCUUGCCCUGUAAGUGGAGGCAUCAAGCUUUAAAUUAGCCUUGUUAAAAAAAAGGUAAAAAAUUAACACAGAUAUAAAUUUACUUAAUAUUAUUUAUGAACAAAUUGCAUGUUAGCACACAGCAAAAAGAAGUAAGACUUCCAUGUAAACAUUUAGUGCAAAAGAAUAGACAGACAUAGAAUAUAGAGCAAACAGAAUUGCUGUGUAUGAUAUUAAUUAAAAGAAAAAAAAGACUGGAUCGGCAUCAUUCAUCAGAUACCCGAUCCAGUGAAUUUGUCAAUAUCGGAGCUGAUAUCCGAUCCAGAUAUCAGAUCGGUGCAUCCCUACUUGGAUCUUACUGGAAGGAUCAAAAAUUAUAACAGUAUUGAAAUAUUAUGACAUAUCAAGUGACACCCAGGUUUUUUCCUCUACCUUAACAAUAUUACAAUUUAAAGGAUUAUUAAACUGGUUUGUUUUAGAGCUUUUGUAGGACUACUCUGGCCUAAAGACCUCUUUAUUUGAAAGUUUAAAAUUUAGUUUAGAAAGUUGCAACUCCAUAUAUCUGUUUUCCUUGAUUUUACAAUUAAAUCUUAAGCUGUUUUCAAGAUUUAUUUUCUCUUUUUUAUUAUCAUUAUGAUUUUUUUUCCAAGAGUGAAUUUCAGUGGUCUUGGCAUACAGUGUAACUGCAUAGUAUGUCAGUUAGAUGUGGAGGGAUACCAUCAUUCAGGGACUAGGGAGAGGCUUGCAGCCCCCCACACUUCAAAAGAGACUAUUAUAUAUUAGCAGCCUUAAAGCAUGAAUGGGUUCAGGACUCCGGACCUCCCCCCACAACAGACACGCAAACACUCUCCACCCUCUGUCUGACCCUUUUUUGUUGUGACUGCCAGGGGGGGUUUACAGCAGAAAACGAAGGGCCAGCAGUGUUUCCUCUUUAUUUCAUUUACAAGAUAAUACCUUUUCAGGUCCAUGAACAAACUUAAGAGCACCAUGGAGGCUCGUUUUAUCGAGAAUAGCAAAAUCAGAGGUCGACUGUAAUUGUUCUGUAGUUGUAUUCCUUUCUCUCCAAACACACUAAACCCUGAUACAACAAGUUAAUAUAUGAUUUAAAUCGUUUUUACUCAGUUACAAAGACUGUUUAGAUUUAAGAGCUUACUCUAAAAUAAAAAAGACAUCAAACAUCCUUUCAGUGCAUUCUGAAUUAGAUUUUCUGUAAUAAUUAUUCUUAAAGGGCCUCAUGUAGACAGGGCAGCACCUUACUAUAGCUUUUAUUAUCUUUUAAACUGCUGACUAUUUUACGAAGGAGCAACAAAGGCUUUUAUUAAAAACACAAAGAUGGACUGUCUCAUAAGGUCAGAGUCUGCAGCAAAAUGUCACAAGUUGAAUGCUGGAGCUUGGAGAUGAUUUUCAUUGCAAUAAAAAAACACUUGAAUCAAUAAAUGAUGAGAAUAAAAUUGUUUCUGUUGAUAAUAAAUUAGCCUAUUAACAUGUCUUGUCCGCUCAACACUGAAAGCAUCAAGGUUACACUAUAAUAACAGAUUUUUAGGAAAAAUACACAAGUUGUGUUUGAAUAAAAAUACCAGUGCUAAAACGAAAAUGAAACCAUUUUAGAUUGAAGUAGAAAUAGAAAUUAGAAGUAAAACAUGUAAAAGUAGUUGUUUAAGAAAAUAAGAGGUGAGUGUCAUUUGUUGGAGAGUGUUGACCAGACUGAAAGUGUUUUGGGUCUAAAUGGUUUAUCUGCCAACUAAUAUUUAAACAAUUGUUUUCUCUUCUGUUUCUUAUGCAAAACCCGGUUAUUAACCAUUGAGUUAUCACUUUCAUUUUUUUUAUAGAUAACUGCAACUCAGUACGGAGCAGUUCUCCAACAGCAGUGAGUCCUGAAGUAAGCUUGGAUUCAGCAGCGGCAGCAGCAGCAGCAGCAGUGGCAGCAUCGGUCUUCUCCUCUGGGCGCAGAAUCACACGCAGCCAGCAGGGGGUGAUAAACACAGCAGCCAAAAAAUACCCACUGCGUCAGAGCAGGUCAUCCGGCUCUGAUACUGAAGCAAAUGGUAAGACCAGCAGUGUCUCUCUAUGUCUUAGAAAUGCGACACAGCAGAUUGGGAUUGUCUUGGAAAUGUCUCAUUGAAAGUGGAUGCUGUUUUUGUGUUUUUGCAUAGCUUGUUAUUCGUAAAUGCAGGGAAAUUGGUGGCAUCAAGGUAGAAGCAGAGGCACAGAGAAAAAGAGCAACAAAGAUGAAAGACAAAAAACAGUACACCAAAAAGUCAAAGAGCAGGGAAAUGAAAUGUGAUUAAAGAAACAAAGUAAAAAUACAGUCCAAAAAAAGGGAUGUGGGGAGAAAAGAGGGGCUGAUAUGAAGAUGAGGGAAGGCAGAGGGGGAAAAAGGGCAUCUGUGUCUUUCAUUCAGUCAUUGAUAUGCUGCUCAGCUGAUGUCCAGAGCCCUGCUGUGAUCACAGUGUGGUCCUGAUUAGAAAGAAGACAAACACAUCCCCUCAGUACAGCUGGUCUGCCUUACAGUAAUAGUGUCAAUUUUGACUUCAGAUUUCAGACAGGAAGUGCUGAUCUGUGUCCAUGAAAGUACAUAUAGUAAUUCGUUUUGUUCUAAAAUUUGACCAACUAUUACUCCAAAUUUUAUUUUUUAAGCAAAUUUAGGAGCCAUAUAAAUUGAAUAUGUAUCAGAUCUCUGCUCUGUGUUGUGUGGAAGACACUCUUUUCUUUUUUGGAAACAUUUGUUAUCUGAAAUUUACACAUGUGAGUGAAGAAUUAAAUUCAGUUUGUGUCUGAUGUUCCUUUGGCAGUGCGCUGUGAUCAACCAUCUAAAGUGUAGAAGAGAAUUUUACUCAUUUCUAAGCAUUGUUAUCUUUGUGUCCUUUUUAGAUCAGAGUGUUUUCUCUCAUUAUUUGGAAUAGUUUACACAUAACCAUGUUUCACUUUAGUAAUGCUUAGAGAAAAAUUAAGGUGGCAGAACUAGAUAACCAUGUUUGUUUCCCUGCUCCUUGGGUUUUCCUGGCAAGUUUGUUUUACUUUUAAUUGAAGUGGCAUGAGGAGAAACCUUUUUUUAGCCUUGUCACCAAUAAAAUGUUUGCCCUGUAUCUUGUAUCAGUGAGUAUAACUGGAGAUAAGAGGAAAAUACCAUGUUGAUGUCCUUACAAUUCCUUACCAGCCUCUCUGGGCUCUAAUAUGGAUCAUCUGUUGCUGUAACAUCAGUCUUUACUAUUGGAUUUCUUUGCUGGCAGCUGCUUCCUAAGGGUGUUAUCUGUUUCUCUCAGGGGUUCGCCUUUAGACAUACACAAAACAACAUAGACGUGUUUAUGACAGAAAAAAGCAUUAUUACCUUUGCAUUGGUUUAAAAUAAGGGAAAGACAUAUUUUGAAUUAUUGAUCUUGUAUAAAGUCACAUUUUUCUCAUCUGACUUUUGGUUAAUGCAGUUAUUUCUUUGUGUUUCCUCUUAUCCUGAUUGGCUUUGCAGACCUGAAGCAAGGAGCCGACCAUGAUGAGACCCCUCCUCGCACCCCGACCGGUAACGCACAAUCUUCUGAGUCAGACAUAGAAGUCUCCAGUCCCAGCAAUGACCACGUGUCUUCUAGCAACGAUGUCGUAGUAUCACAGGAGGAGGAUGAGAGAUUGGCCAAAGAGCUGUCACUCAAAGAGGCCGCCGCCCAUGACCUUUCCCACCGCCCCAAACGACGGCGUUUCCAUGAGAGCUACAACUUUAAUAUGAAGUGUCCCACACCUGGUUGUAACUCAUUGGGUAAGGGCAUACAUUCGUUGUCAUUUCUGUGUUCAUCAGAUAUCCUGCUCCUACAAACCUGAACUCCCUUCACACUAAGGCUGCACGAUAUUGGAAAAAAAUAAUAUUGCGAUUUUUUCAACCCUGCGAUAUAUAUUGCGAUAUUAAAAAUACAGGAAUUUUCACCAGAUGACCUGAAUAACACUUAAUGUUAUGCUGCACUGCUGAAAUCUUGAGGACAGUUAAUCUGCUCUGAUCUUACCUCUUUUUGUGAAUGUUAGUAGAACGGCUUCUGUCUCAGAGAUAUUUUCAGCUUUUAUUGUGCUGGGACGUUAUUGUGGCGACAGAUGAACACAGAACACGUGUUUUGGUCGCCAUCAUCCUUCUUUUAACCGAAAUAAUUCCAGAUAACUGACUUUCCUUUUCUUUUUGGCAACAAAUCUCCAUUUACGGUGGUUUUCGCUUGUUCAAUGUUCAUUUUGCGAUCGUUGUUGUUGUUGUUGUUAGCGGUGUUGUGCUGAGAAACGCAUGUCCUCCGAGAAUUGCAUGCACCUCGCAAAACGCGCACUGCUUAUAGUAGAGUGGUCCACGGAAAUGUACAAUUUAAAACCCAUACAGUUCUUAUUUGUUGGGCUAAAUAGUCAUGAGUAAAGUUCCGAAAGUAAUUCUCAGCGGACACACGUCUCCUUCCAUGUGCAGAACAUGUGCAGGGGUGGGUUUCCUCCGCCCUGAUUUUGAUUGACAGCUGGCAGGGUAGUCUGAUUGGCAACUGAGAAGUGAGUCUGAUUGGCAACUGAGUUAAGGACGAAGGUGAUUGGUGGAUGCUGCAAAGCACAUGCAGAGUCACAUGGAGUGUUUCUCAGUCGAUUACCCUUGAAAUUAAAUGAGUUCAUUCACCUCCAAUAUCGCAGGCUCUGCAUGUGACUAUCGCACACACAUACAUCGCGAUGACGAUAGUCAAACGAUAUAUCGUGCAGGCCUACUUCACACUCCCUGUUUUUUUCUUCGUCUUCUCAGGUCAUCUCACAGGACGGCAUGAGCGACAUUUCUCUAUAUCAGGGUGUCCUCUCUACCACAAUCUCUCUGCUGAUGAAUGCAAGGUACAAACACAAUCAUGAAUGCAAGGGAGGCUCUUUUAAAGCAGAAAAAAUAUCAAAUGAAAUGCUCAGAUUUCAUUUAACCUCAAUGUUACCAGUUAUAUCCCCAUUAAGAAACAAAACGAUUUUUACAAAGGAGUCAUACUAAAGAUAGUAGCAUAGAAAUCUCAUAUAAAAGGAUAAGCAACAGACUUUACCAAGUAGGAUUCGGAGCAAAUAAUGACUUAACAGUGAUAAAAAUUAAGAAAAACAACUUGCUCAGUUAAAGUGCAACAAUAUGUGCUAAAACAAAAAUGAGCUUUUUUAAUAUCCUACAUUUUUUUCAUCUUAUUUACUUCCACUUUUCAGACAUGUUUCAGUUUAGACUUGGAUGCUUUCAAAGUACUCCUCGUUUGUCAAUUUCCAUUCGAUGUUAAGUGACUGAAACCCACAGUUCUGAACUGGAGUUGUCAAGCUGCAAAGAUUCCAGGAACAUGGAGGUGGUUGCUGAAAUCUUUCUGCAGCGGGGGUGGUUGUGAGUCAUUUGGUGGUAGACAGUGUUGAUGUUUUGUCAGGGCAAGGCAUCGACGCGCGAGAAACAGGCCGAGGAAAGGACGCUGUCGCACCGCCAGGACGAGAACAGGCACUCCACGAGAAACCAGGUAAUACACAACCGCACGAAGGCAUAGACAUACGCAGGCAGGUGCACCAGCCCGGCAAAAGUCAUGAUGAUUCAUUCUGAGACGUAUAAAGCAGAGAGAUAUGUUCACACACAGUAUAUCUACACAACCUGUGAAAGGGGCAGAACACCAGGAAGUCAUAUUAUGAUCAGAAGUGCAGCAUAUAGCUGUUAGCAAUAGUACCCACUGAGCAAUAGAUGGCUAUUAGACAUCUAGGUUUUUUUUUUUAGACCUAAUUUCAACUGUCUAGAUAUCGCAUAUUUUUAGAUGGACUUUAGACGUUGCACUUUAAUCCAUUAUUUGAUAACUAUUUAUUUCAAAACUGAUCUCCAAGUACUUUACCAAAAUAAUUAUGAUAGCCAUUAAGCAAUAUGCAGUGUAGUUUAGUUAUAGCCCAGAUUUAGACUAGGUCUAAACUUGGUCUAAAUCUAGACAUCUAUAAAAACUUUCAUUUUUAGACCUGUGGUAGCCUGAUUUUAGACCAGUUGUCUAGGUUACAUUUAGACAUCUAUUAGACCUCUUUCAGACCAAAAAAUGCUCAGUGGGAAGGUUGAGUCACAGUUAAAGUGAAAUAAAUAGUCCUAAUCUGAUGUAAUUACUCAGUUUAUUUGGAAAAAGCUCAUUAACAAAAAAUGUAAUGACUGAGAGUGCACUAGAGGUUGCAUAGGAAGCUUGUUUCUGUCUUUUUCCAUUGCAAAAUCCAAUAUCUUACAGAACCCUACAAAAAUAAGCUUGCACUAACAGUAAUUUUUAGGUGUAACACAUGUCAGAUUUUUUAUAACAUUUCAUUUAAUCAUAUACCGUAUUUUUUGCACUAUAAGCCGCACCUGAUUAUAAAGCGCAUUAAGCAAAACAGUCAAUAACUCCGCGAGGCUACGGUAGAUGCAGCGCUCCGACAAGCCAAAAGGAUUUUAAGUGCGCCUCAUAGUGCGAAAAAUACGGUAUUUUCAAAAUAUUUCCUAGUGCAUUUAUAUUUUUAUUCACAAAAGGGAAAUUAAACUAAAUGUUGGCGAACACACAGCUUAAAUGUAGUUACAUCUUCCCUGUGUCUCAGGCCCCUUCAGAGCGUCAGCUGCGCUACAAGGAGAAGGUGACAGAGCUGAGGAGAAAGAGGAACUCCAGCCUGAAUAAGGAGCAGAAGGAAAAGUACAUGGUGAGAGGAUGAGAGCGAAAUAAUGUUUGUGCGGUCUCCUUAUUCUGUGUCCCUCCUGAAAAAUAAUUUGCGUGUGUUUAUUUUUUCUUCACCCACACCACUAGGAGCACCGUCAGAGUCACGGAGCUAGCAGGGAGCCACUGCUAGAGAACAUCACCAGUGACUACGACCUGGAGCUGUUCAGGAAAGCGCAGGCACGUGCCUCGGACGACCUUGUAAGAGAGAAAACUCAUCAUCACCUCCCUCCCUUAUUGUGCCUCCUACCCUGUGUAUUUUUGUCUCCCCCCUUUUCUGCAAUAUUCCUCUUCUUCUCUGUUUCAGUCAACAAACCCUCCUCUGAGGCCACAGGAGGAGUCAGAGAUGUUUUUGGUAGUUUGGAGUAUCACUUCCUGUUUGUUUUGUGUUUUUGAUCUGUUAUUUUACGACCCAUUCAGUCGAGACAUCCCUGUUUCUUUAUUUCAGGCCUACUUUCAUUAAUUACAUACAUGAUUUUGUUUGUUUUGAAUGUAACAGUACAGGUUUAGGUAACUGCACCAGAACUGAGUACUUUGACUCUCUCUGUACAGUGUAGCUGGCUGGUCUUUAAAUAUUUGGGAGCAAGUUUCCUCUGUUGAAGAUCUUCACAGUAUUUUAGUUUUAGAUCUAGUUGAAGAGGUUAUCGGGUUAGCGGAGUUGUGCUGUUUUGCAUGUUUUUGCAGCAAACAUAUAUAAAUGGAAUUUUCACUCUCAUAUUACAUCUUUUUACGUCUUGAAUUUUCGUCACUGGUUGCCUCCACUGAGGCUUUCCUGAUUUUGCUCUCUGGUUCACCUGAUCCGUUUCCCUGAAUAAUGCUGAUCUUUCUUCCUCUACUCUUUUCUUCAUUUUUUUCCCCCCAUCCCUCUCUCUGUCCCCUCCUGACCUCUACAGGAAAAACUCCGUCUGGCGGGCCAGGUGUCGGAGGGGAGCAACAUGAUAAAGACCAUCGUGUUUGGGCGCUAUGAGCUGGACACCUGGUAUCACUCUCCGUAUCCAGAGGAGUACGCUCGACUGGGAAGACUGUACAUGUGCGAGUUCUGUCUUAAGUACAUGAAGAGCCAGACCAUUCUACGCAGGCACAUGGUGAGAUUACUUUAUAUCCUUCAGGAUCGCUGCACGUCUUAGCAAGAAUUUAAAAAAUACUAGUGUCUCAUAUAGUCCCACAGUUUCAAACCUUAGGUGUUAAACAGCAGAGGAAUACGACACACCAGCACUUUCAAAGAGAAAAAGAAAAGCCAUUACAGUGGUUAUUAGUGUUGCACAGGUGCAGGUAUUCGAACUAGACCGUUUCAGUCCAGGACUUCCAGUACGGUAUCUAUGCAUACCAAACUGCGUGCCUGCUGUAGUGCAAAACGAAGCCAUCAGGUGGCAGUAGGAGCCAAAACAUACAAUGCUGUGCAUGUCUCCGAUCAAACUAGACAGGCGCUGCCAUCAAAACUAAAAGCAUAUGGGGUCAUUUGGGAUGAUCAGUGCUCUGUGUUAUCAGUUCACUAGAGAAACAGAGGAGUGUUAGUUUGCAGAAGCAAAGCAAACUUGUGAGAAAUUCCAUUUUUUAUGUUAUUUUCUGUCUGUAAGAACUAUGACUUUACAUGAUUUAUGAAGUCUGUGUCCCCCUUUGAUCUUUACUGCUCCCGAAAUACACACACUCUGUAAAUUACACACACUCUGUAAAUUACACACACACUCCGUAAUAUACACACACUCUGUAAAAUACACCCACCGCAUAAAGGACAAGGUGAUGAAUAAGACUAGUUUGGGUACUUGAAGUUGUUAGAAAUAACCAUAUAAAAAUAGGCUUAUGCACUAUAUCUGUUUGUAAUGCAGUUUCUCUCACAUUAAUGAUUUAUGCAGUUAAAUAUGAUUACUCACAAAUCUUGUCAUUAUUCAGAUAAAAUUCUUCUGGUAGCUUGUCAGCACUUGUUUCAAGUAGAUUUAUCCUUUAAUCGAGGCUUUGCUCGUGGUAACACCUGCAAAAGGUGAAAGAGCCCCGAUAGAAGAUUCCCGCUCAUCCAUAUUGCAUCAAUAUAGUCAUGCCGGCUCUUUUAAAAAGCUUAAAUCCAUGAGAACCAAAGCAUUUUAAUGGAGUUUUUCUGUUGAAUUUCUAACAAAUUUUAUACAAAUUAUUAAUUUACUUUCAUGCAGACUAACCCCUGGUACUUCUUCCUGUGUGAUGUGUAGGCUAAGUGUGUGUGGAAGCACCCUCCAGGUGAUGAGAUCUACAGAAAAGGGAACAUCUCUGUUUUUGAAGUGGACGGAAAGAAGAACAAGGUAAAAAGCAUUGCCUUGACUUAUAAAUCACAUGUAUCAGCACAUUUGUCCAUGUGUGAGACUAGCAGCAGUUAAUCUCCACCGUGCUCCGGUUCCACAGAUCUACUGUCAGAACUUGUGUCUGCUGGCAAAACUCUUCCUGGACCACAAGACUCUUUAUUACGACGUCGAGCCUUUCCUCUUCUACGUCAUGACUGAAGCGGACAACACAGGGUGCCAUCUGGUCGGAUACUUCUCCAAGGUAAUCUAGCUGGAUAACCUGUUAAGAAAUUAUUUUAAUUCAGAAUUUUAGAAAAAAUGUGAAGUUGAGUAUCAGGUAACAUAACAAAUACAUUUCUUUCCUUAGUUUGAAGUCAGGUAUGUUAUUUAAAGUAUGUAAAACUGUGUGAUAACUUUAAUUGUUUCAAUGUCAACAAACAUUAACUGGAUUAUUCUGAGUGUUUCAUUGUUGCAUAUGUACAUGAAGCUAAUAGAGUGUAGGCACCAUACAUGCUUAUCAGUUAUGGUUUAUGUUUCAAGUGAGAUGAAAUGAAGAAGAGUUGAGAGCUGUGAGAGAAUUUUAAUUCCGAAAGUAAUGCGUUGAGAAAAACAAAAGAUUAACAGAUGAGUUCUCUUUUUGCAGGAGAAGAAUUCUUUCCUGAACUACAACGUGUCCUGCAUCCUCACCAUGCCACAGUACAUGAGGCAGGGCUACGGCAAGAUGCUCAUAGACUUCAGUGAGUACAGGCAUCCGCUUUAUUUACUCCUCUUUGUGUGUCUUUGUACAUGCAUGUGCACUUGUUUCUCAAUGGUACCAGGUUUUGUUUACUGCUUUUUUUGUGCUGUUUCUUUGCAGUGAACUCUUGUCCAAUCCUGUUCUUUACCUUUUUUCUUAACCCCUACUUCCGUGUCUGAUGCGUCUUUGCAAGGUUACCUGUUGUCUAAGGUGGAAGAGAAGGUGGGUUCACCUGAGCGCCCCCUGUCUGACCUCGGCCUGAUCAGCUACAGGAGUUACUGGAAGGAGGUACUACUGCGAUACCUGAACAACUUUCAGGGCAAAGAGAUCUCCAUCAAAGGUCAGAACUGGAUCAAUCUCACAGUUGUCAUCUGCAGGAUUAAAGUUUGCGUCAUGACUCAUUUGAGAAAAAAAAAAAAAGAGUUAACAACGGGGACAGAGUCUAAGAACGUGCGAGAAGCCGACUUCAGACUGUGUUUAUGUAUCUGCAUGCAUGUGUGCAGUCAUGUAUAAUCCCUGAGGCAUGUAUAUGUACAACUUUAAGACCCAUUGACAUGAAUGUGAUAUCUCAGUAAGGCCUUUGGGGAAUAGUUUAUAUUUGGCACAGCCAAAUGUGAGAGUGAAAUGAACUGAUUAGAUUCUUGCUAUCAAAGAUUGAGGUCAUCGCAGGCAUCAUCGUUAAAAUGCUUCAUUGUAACCAUUAUAUCUUCAAGGGUAAAAAUAUGCUUGAGUAUUUCUCUCGAUCGACUGUAAAACAGUUCUUCCCAACGAGCUACAGGAGAACCAGCAAGUUUAGAAAAAACCUUCAACAUUAGAAUAAUUUUCACCGAGCUCUGAUUCAAAUGAACUACGAGGACUCAACCAGCAGACCUCAAACAUCUUAUUUAAGUCUUCAAUCAGCACUUAUCAUUAGGGCUGUCAAAAUUUUGAAUCAAUACCAAAUGAUUCAUCGAGUAAUAAUAAUGUUGUGUAAAAAUAAUGAAUGUGGAUUAACUGCACUCUGCCGUCAUUGAUCCGUGAUCCAAAAGUAUUUAAAAAAAAUCACAUCGGUCAUAUUGAAGUAGGCCAGCAACAAUUCACUGCACUGAAUAAGUUAGUCGUAUUGAUCGUAUUAGUCAUCUUUACCAUAAUAUUUACUCUAGAGUUUGUUGUAGAGGAUUACAUGAGCUCAAAAAAAAAAAAAAAAAAAUCAAUCACUCAUUUUUGUUGUACUAAUACAGAGCCCUUUAGUAAAUAGGUGAGUGUACAGGAAUCUGCCCUGACCUCAGCUUUUAUCAAAGCUUCUGUAGUUUUAUUAUUACCCUGUGUAAAUGGGCUGCACCUAUAAUAAAUCUGUUUAACAAAAGGAACAAGAAAAAAAAAACAGUAUUUUCUCUCAAUAUGUGACAUCAGUCGGCAUCCAAGGGUCCAAAUGUUUACAAUGAUGUCUCCGUGCUAGGUUAAUAGCCACGCUGAUGGCUGAGUUUGAAAGGUGCAUUGUGUAUGGUUGAAUUGUUUGGUCAGAUAACCGCGUGAUAUUGCCUUGGUGUAUGUACAGUGAAAUAGAACAUCUACAGGCUUCUUCUUUCAGGGCUUUGCUAUGUAUGUGGUCUAGUAACAAUUUUGUCGUAACAAUGUGCAGAACAACAAUACUGAGUGCGUGAAAGUCCUGCUUUUCCUGCACAUAGAAAUAACCUUAGCAGGCAGCCCGUGUGUAUUUUGGACACUCAAGUAAAACCACAGACCAUCUUUUUUUUUCUAUGCAUGCAAAAUUACUAUCAAGAAUAUGGCUGGGUGAUAUGGCCUCAAAUCAAUAUCACUAUAUAUUGAGCAGUUCACCUCAAUAACGAUAAAUGGACGAUAACUACUCCACAAGCUGCUCACCCCCUCCCACAUUAACUUCAUCUACCUCAGCCGCCGCUCCAGCCUCUACAACUUUUAAACCGUCCUCCAUCUCCUCACCUGUCUUUCUCUUUUUGUUACGGACUGAACGGGGUGGAGUCACGUCUCCGAUGUAGGACAGCAUCUUACAUCUGCACACACCCAAAACCAACUUUUAUUUAUUCAUUUUAUUUGAUACUGAAUAUAUUGACAUGGGAAAAAUGUCAUAAAUUUUGGUAUCAGUAAGUUUUCGUUUUAUUGCCCAGCUCUAAUCAAGAAUUUAUCAUUCUCUAUUUUUUGUCUAUAUUUCACAGCUCUACCUCUUACCCACACAAUCUUGACCUUGACCUCCUCUUGUCCGACUCUUGUCUUUACAGAGAUUAGCCAGGAGACAGCGGUGAACCCUGUGGAUAUUGUCAGCACGCUGCAGUCCCUUCAGAUGCUCAAAUACUGGAAGGGAAAGCACCUGGUGUUAAAGAGACAGGUAGGACCACAAAACAACCAUAAUGAGUCUGCGUAGCUCUUUGGUGGGAGCACUUGUCUCUUGAUUUGAAGGGAUACAUUCGAUUUUUGAAGUGGGGUUGUUUGUGGUUUUCAUUAAUAGUAAGUGUUUUAGCCACAGGGGGUGCUGGUCAGUCCAUUUGUUGAGAAACCAGCAAGUAAGUCUAAACUUAGUAAGUAAACACUCGACCUGGAAUAUUUUCAGUGCUGUUUCAUUGUGAGGAAACACUUUCAUUUUUGCACUAUUCUGGACUCAGCGUACACAUGUUCCUCUGCCUGCAGCGCAUUGAUUAGCUAAACAGGUCUAUGAUGUACGAGUCACGUACAGAUUGUGGAUUUGGAUGUUUCUUCAUCACAGUUUGGCAUAAUUAAAGCAGUAACAGCUGUAAUAUUUACCAUUUGAGCUCAGUCUCCCCCCUUCAACAGCCAGCACAGUGUAUUUUUGUCAGGUAAACACUUGGUGCGGAGCAUUGGUUGUGUCAUUAUGCAAUAAAAAAGAGUGAGAGCCAAACACAUACUGUAAAUUUUAGAGGAUAAGAGACCCCGGUGUAUAAGACGGUUCAUUUUGAUGAACAUCCAAGAGGGAAGAAGGGCUAAUUUGUUUUCCUUCAUUUGUUUUGUGUAAUUACUUCCACAAAGUUCACCAAGUUCCCAACACGCACUUUUUGUGCAACUGUGAUUGUCUCUCUUGAACCAUCUGCUUUUAUACUUAUAGAUGACAAUAACAGGAAUUAAAAGUGCAUCCAUACAUCAAAUUUUCACUUCCAUCCAGCAAUUCUGGGUUUUCUGAUUGAAUUCUAAAAAUUGAAGGUUUGUAAAAGCAGUACAAUUGUACAGCAGGGAGCUCUCGUUAGUAAGUGAUGCAGGCUGCAGCUUUACUUAAGCCAUUAGGAUACUGUUGCCACCAAGUCCCACAUGUGAUAGCAAGUUGUUUUCUCAGUGAACUCAGGGUCCCUCCUGCUCUACAGUGUGCAUAGAGACUUCUCCUCUCUCUUAUUUGGCCCACUGACUCUUGUUCCACCUCUGUUAAGGUGUCCACUUAUUUUCACAGUAGGUAUGUGUAUUUUUAUCUGGCUGCAGCCCAGAACACUUGGUCAGUUCACUGCAGGCAGAAGACCUCUGUGAGGAACUUCAUACUAGGGCUGGGCGAUAUACAGAAAAUUUACCAAUACCGUAAUUUAAGACAAUAACUGACGUAAUUUCGCCCAUGACAAUAUAUUCGGUGUCAAAAAAAAUGAAUAAAUAAAAGUUGGUUUUGGAUGUGUGUUGGUAGGCUAUGGUCUCAAGACGCCGUCCUACAUCAGUGACGUGACUCCACCUCAUCCAGUCCGUAAAAACAGUCCUUAAAAGUGGCAAAAUAAUCACAAUAAAUGGGUCCAUGGGAGUCAUAUUAUCAAUAUAACUGCCACAGCCCCAUCUAUUGGUGAAACUUUUGUGCGUAGGGGACGCAGUGGAGUAGUUAUCGUCCAUUUAUCGUUAUCAAGGUGAACUGCUCAAUAUAUCAUGAUAUUGAUUUGAGGCCGUAUCGCCCAGCCCUACAUAAUACAACUCCACUUCAAAAAAACUGAACCAUCCCUGCAGAGCCUCAGUUUCUGAAGACAAACAAAUCCACUGUCUCUGGUUUUCUACUUUAUUGAAGUCAAUUAAAAUGCAUUUUAUUUCUGUAGGACCUUAUCGAUGACUGGAAGGCCAAGGAGACCAAACGCGGAAAUGGAAAGACCAUUGACCCCACUGCCUUAAAAUGGACACCACCUAAAGGGUCGUAAAGAAACCCUAAUUUCACAUGAAUCCAAAAACCACAAAUAAAAACACAGAUCCUCCUUUGAAUACAGGUAUGCUCAUAGUAUCUUAGUCUAGAUCCCACACAAUCCUCUUUAUAAAACGCUUUCAGCAGCUACAGCAGUCACUCACUCACUCGCUCACUCACUCACAGGAAGAUGUCUCUCUGGGUUCUGCAGUCCCACAGUUGUUGAGUUUGUUGACUGAACUUUGAUACUCAACAUGUUCUUGAUUAGAGGGUUAAGAAAGCAGUCUGUUCGAACCCAGAGAAACAAUUUUCAGACAGUACACACAAAACUAUUCUCCUGUUUUAAACCAUCACACCUGUCAGGGUGUCAUUCAUGAAGCUAUAGCUGCCAUUGGCUAUGUUUGGACUGUUUCAUGUCACUAGGAAAUGAUCUACCUGGAUGUGUUUUUACCCCCCUGUUACUGUGUCGUUUAUAAUCCGCAGUUAUACUCCAAACUGUAAAGGUUUAUGGGGCAUCAGAGCUAUGAGGAACGCUGGAGCUUAUUAACAUGUUAGUGUUCUUCCUGUGUUUUUUUCUAGUGGUUUUAUAAAAGUUCUCAAAAAUGUUUUCAACUUUUUCUACCUCUAAGUUUUACCACUGUUUAAAAAGCUAGACUGGUCCUUUUCAAGCUUCCCCUGUGUUUCUUUGUAUUCUCUUUGUUCACAUGUGAAUUUUUGUAGUUGUGUUCAGCCAAUGUGUGUAUUUUUAUUUUUUUUUUUUUACUGGAUCUUUUUUUUAAUAAGCUGUCUAUAUUUAAAGAAAUAUGUUAACUGCUUAGAACGUAAAAAGACAAAGUUUGUUAGAGGAAUGUCUAUUCUAUAGGACUGCGUCCCUUUUUAAUAUAAAUAUUGUAUUUAUCUAAAUUUUUAUGUGAAUCUGAAUGUGUCUAGAAGCUAUUGGAAGGUACAGGAAGGAGAAUGAAAUCCACCCCCCACUAAAACUAGACAAGAGUCAUUUUACAUUUCAGAGGUUUGUAUUCUGUAAUCAAAAGUGACAGGAACCAAUUUCAAAUUUUCACUUCUUGUUACCACAAUUAUGCAAAGUAAUGCACAAGCCUUUGUGGGAACAUAGUCAUCAGUAUUUUUGUAUUAUUUAUGUUGUGUACAGCCCCGCUGGUUUUGACUGAAAACUCAUUUUAUUUUACUGACAAUCUUCAUAUUUAUUGAUUUUUAUCAAACUUUUAAUUUAACCGCACAAUGAGUUUUUUGGGGAGGAAAUAAAUUCACACAUUGACACUUUUGAAUGAACUAGAUUCCCCUUUCAGCUGAGUUUAAAGACUCAUAUCGACAUAUUACAUACACAGCUAGCAGAGCACGGCACGUCUGGCUCCAGCACGUAACCACAAGCUCUUAAGCGAGUUUCUUUUUUCACACUUUAGUUGAGGUGGGACAGGAAUAAGGUUACCAUGUGACAGCACUGGGUUAGUAAUGUUCCACUGUUCCUGUUCGUCUGUUAAGCUGCGUUUGAAUAAAAAGAAGAACUUCCUAAACUGUCAAACUCCUCCAAACACUGUUCACAAGCUUCCACAGCAGCCGGCUGUGAAAUUGGAGGUGUACAAACAACAAUGUCAGAUUGAAUCAGCUUUCCCACAACUCCAUAUUCGGAGGAAAGCUUUCUUUCUUUCUUUCACUGCCUGGAUUUACAUUUGUCUUCAUUUGACAAUAUAAACAAAUGUUGCCUUUAUGUUCUGUAAUGUUGAGGAUAUUUCUCUUUGUACCUUACGUUCUUAUUUUCCAAAGCUAGGAUUUUUUAUACCAUCUGUGUAUUUGUGUGUUUUACAUUUUUAUAACGUUUUCUAAGACUGUAGUUGUGUUUCUGUCUUGGAGGCAUGUGAUCGUUGCUUUCAAGAGUCACCACACUCAUGAGCAGUUUCCAAAUCAAUACGAACAGACUGUGCUUAUGCUUUUAGCACCUGCUCAUGACAAACAAACUCCCUGAAAUGUGUGAUUGACUGAAAAAAAAAAAAAGAAAAACCACUCAAGACUCUUGUGCGUGUGAACAGGGGUUUGGGUUUUUUUUUUACUUUGCCAAUUGUUAAGUGCAUUUACAGGAAGGUGCACUUAUUUUUCAACAGACAUUCGAGGGAAAACCAAGUCCUAAAAGUAACUCAUGAUUGUAAUUGUUUAUGUAUGGCUGGGCCAGUUUUGUUUUACCUGUGUAAAGAUACUACAGCAGCAAAGGGACCUGUUUAAACAUUCUCCAUCUUUAGGAUUCAUUUUCUGGAUUGUGUAAAACAAACACAUCACACUUCAAGUCUGAAAAGGAUUUUCUCCCCCUUACCCUUUUAAGCCUUUCAUUGUGGGAAACCUGUCCACCCUCAAAAGCCGAUAUUUGAUUUUGUGAUUUAUGUUUCAUCACUUCGUAUGCAGUUUUUCUUCACGCCAGUGGCAGCUAUAGAGAGGCAGCUUGAGUGCGCCUUGCUUAAUAUUAAUCCAAAAUAUCAUCAGGUAAUAAGAGAAACCAUGCACAUACAUCCCACCACCAAUGAGCCAUUGUAGUGCUGCAGCACUUCACUGCAUCCUGAAUCCUAUUUAAACGACGCAUUCAAAGCAGCAACACACAAAAAGUAGCGUGGCAUCAAUAUGUAGCUCAGUUGUGCUUUUGUACUCGCUUCUCUCCCUUCCUUCCUAUUCAAUAAAUGCAAAUGGUGAAACAUGAUUCGCCUUGUCUGA